AUUAUCUGUUACCCAAUCCAAGGUGGACCCCACAGCGAGCUCGCCCUGCAAGUUCUCCGUCUCACACCCAAAUCCAACAAUGAACCUCGAUGGCGUUCUCUCUCCCUCCACCACCUUCUCUCCCUCACCACUUCACGCGCCGCUCCCUCCUCCUGCUCUCCACCACCACAACCACCCUCUCUGUCCCAUCUACACCCCCUCCCACUCCCAUUUCCACCCCCACCACUCCCACAGUCACUGACCGCGUCUUCAUGGACUUCAGCCUCUGCCCCAACAACUUCCUCCCCGACCGCGCCGACUCCCUCUCCCCUCUCUGCUCCGACACCACUCUCUUGGGCCGCGUCGUAUUGGGCCUCUACGGCAACCUCGUCCCCCUCACCGUCUCCAAUUUCAAGUCCAUGUGUCUUGGCCUGAAUUCCACCUCAUCCUCGUACAAGAACACGCUCGUCCACAAGGUGUUCCCCGGCCAGUACUUCCUCGCCGGCCGCCAGGGCCGCCCCGACAAGGGCGAGGUCCGCCCGCCGCACGACCUGCCGCGCAACACCGACACGGUCGCCGCCAAGGCGUUCGCCCUCACGCACUCCCGCCCCGGCGUCGUUUCACUCUCGCUCUCCGAAAACGACGACGAUGACGAGAUUAAGCUCGAUCCUGGGUACAGGAAUGUGGAGUUCUUAAUCACCACUGGCCCCGGGCCUUGCCCCCAGCUCGAUAACAAGAACAUUGUCUUCGGAACGGUGCUUGAAGGAUUAGAUGUCAUCACAGCUAUAGCUUCCAUUCCCACAUACCUACCAUCUGAGCGAAUUCGCCAGUUUAAUGACUUGGCUCAAUUUUUUGGAGAUGAAAGGGCUCAGAAUGCACGUAACAUAUGGAACAGGCCUCUUAAGAGCGUUUAUAUUAGUGAUUGUGGGGAGCUGAAAGUGACAAAGCCUUCCCUCACGCCUUCUUUGCCAUAAUUUAUUUCCAUGUAUGUAUAUAUUAUCCGAGGGGAUUUCAUGUUACUGGUCUAUGUAAAAUCACACUCACAUAUUCUUUGAAAAUAAAUGAUGAUGAAUAAAACCACAAGCAAGCAACAUGAAUGACUUUUGAAGUUGAAAAUUAAAAGGUUUUAUUUUAGUUCAUUCAUUUCAAAGCUGUGAAGGACACAGUACAUACAUGCAGUGAAGUUAAACAUUGAUAUGGUAUGCCAGAGUUUCUUGUAA